ACACUCUGUCUUUUACAUAAACUAUCCAUCUGGUUGCAGAGGAUGGAACCUCUUGUUGUCCGCUAGUUGACAUUGCUUCGGCCUUUUUUCAGCAGUUGGGUUGUAUAAAUACACAGAAAAUUCGGUGUCUUGAUCAAUACAAACUACAAAGUGAAGAUGGGUAUGAAUAAAAGUUGCGUAAUUUGUUUGUGGGUAGCGUUGGUUUUUGUUGCAGAUGGACGGGUGUUACUGUUGAAGAACAAACCUGACCGUCAUAAUGCUGCUGCCACUGCCCGUUGGCUUGUUUCUCAGAAUUCUUGGGGCGUUUUGAAUACCAUAUCAGCGGAUUUGGGAGGAGCGCCUUUUGGGAAUGUUGUAUCAUUUAGUGAUGGGAUACCCAAUGAUGGAAAUGGCAUUCCGUAUUUCUAUUUGACUACCCUAGACCCAACUGCAAGGAAUGCAAUGAAAGAUCAGAGGUCUUCGCUUACAAUCAGUGAAUACACUUUAGGAACGUGUGGCAAGAAAGACCCUGAGAAUCCCAGUUGUGCGAAAAUUACACUGACCGGAAAGUUGAAAUUGCUCGAGGAAAACUCUAAAGAAGCAGAAUUUGCUCGAAAUGCGCUGUUUACCAAACAUCCCGAGAUGCCAGGCUGGCCUAAGGAUCACCACUUCCACUUCUUUAAAUUAGAUAUUGAAGAUAUAUUUAUGAUCAAUUGGUUUGGUGGCCCUAAACCUAUCACAUUGGACGAGUACUUCCAUCAGAAACUGAACACUGCUUCCAUUCUUUGAACACACUUGUGAUGGCUCUUCCUAUUGCAAACUGGACAUAAAUGUAAAAUAGUGUAUGAAAAUGAAUAUCCACUGUAAAUAAGAUGAAACAAUGUUUCUGUAAUUUGAUUUCUGUAAUUGUAUUACCUUUUUUUAGUCUAUUGUCUGCUAAAAAAAGCAGAAAUAAAUGAGAUUGUUAAUUCAUCAUUCACGUUCAAGUUCUAUUUGAACGCAAUGACAGACUUUUUAUGCUUA